AUGGAAAAGGCACUUGCACGCUACGGUGUCACUCAUCGUCUUUCCACCGCAUACCACCCGCAAACUAGUGGCCAAGUAGAGAAUGCUAACCAAGGGGUGAAGAGAAUCCUAGAGAAAACGGUAGGAAAAAGUAGGAAGGAUUGGUCGGAAAAGCUCGACGACGCAUUAUGGGCAUUCCGUACCACCUAUAAGACACUGUUAGGCACCACACCCUUUAUGAUCGUAUAUGGCAAAGCUUGCCAUCUUCCGGUUGAAUUAGAGCAUAGGGCGUUGUGGGCGUUGAAAACCGUAAACCUUGACCUUACCGAAGCCGCAAGGAGGAGGUUCUUCCAAAUUCACGAGUUGGAAGCUUUGAGGGAUGCCGCAUAUGAAAGAUCUUGGAGUAUCAAGGAAAAAUCAAAGGCAUUGCAUGAUCGAAGGUUGCGAGGUUUGAAGGAGUUUAAGGUAGGUGACAAGGUACUCUUGUUCAAUUCCCGUUUGAAAUUGAUAGCAGGUAAAUUGAAAUCAAGGUGGAAUGGACCGUACGUGGUUAAACAAGUGUUUCCGUACGGCACGGUUGAGCUUUACGAUGAAGUCGAUAAGGGAGUUUGGAAGGUGAACGGCCACCGCUUGAAACAUUACUUGGGAGGUCCAAUUGAUGCUACCGAAGAGGAAGAAAUUCCUCUAGAGGACCCACCCACCUUCGCCGAACAGAAACGUGCCUUGAGGAGCUGGAAAUUUGAAGAAAACGAGGUCUCAGAUAUGGCGAGUAGUUCACGAGCGGGUCGCGCCAGGAAAAGGGCUGCGGGGCAGACGGCACCGGGACAGGAUCCGGUAGUCGAAACGCCCAUUAUACAGAUUGCUGAGGAUGAUCCCAACUUAAGGAAAAUCGAGUAUUCGACGUCAUACAAUUUUAUUCCGGGAUGA